AUGGAGAAGUCAUCAGGACCUCUUCUCCCAUCACCCACACAGCCCGCCACAAUACCCCAACCCCAGCUCCAAUCUGUCCCCUUCAGCCUCUGUCAGGCCUCGUCAGGGCCCUGCACCGCUCCACUUGACAGUGAGGAUCUCAGAGCAGAGCAGUGGGAGCCGGGGCCAAACGCCGCUCUCCUCCGGGCCCCUGACGUCCCCCGCUUACGUCCCCCGCGCAUCUCAUUUGCAUACAUUGCUCUCCCCUUGUUCUCAUUAAGGCUCCGUCUCACAAAAGUCAAGAUUCCCGCUGUUGUUCCCCCAGUCCUUGUACCUGUGGUGUCUCCCGUGGACCACAGAGAAAGCAGAUGA